ACUCCAUCCCCAACCUCCAUAAAACAUUAAAGAAGAAGAGGAGCUCCAGUAGGUGGUGCUGUGAGCUUCGAGGAACCAGAAGAAGAACCAGAAGAACUAGAAGAAGACGUGCUGCAGUGUUGCUGAUUGAUGAGCUGAGCUCUCCGACUCUACUAAUCAUCUUUCCAUUCAGAUAUUUCUCACAGGGUUUUACCUCCACACUUCCAUCUGCUCAAGCUCAAGCAGAUCAUGAUGUAAUCCAGAGGAGUUUUUCAGGUUGGAUGUGUUCCUGGAGCUGAUGUCUUUAGGAUUUCCAUGGUGUCUUAUCUGCUCCUGCUUUCCCAUUUCCUGCACAUCUUAAAUUUACCUCCACAUCACUAGACAAAACAAGGAUGAAGUCAGGAGAGAUUAAACUUGAGGAUCUGGAAUCCACAGAGAGCUCAUCAAAUAGUCAUCAAAGUUCAUCGUGUAUGUUCCACACUAACUCUUCUCACAGACAAGUAGAAAAAGAAAGUCACCAGUGUUCACACUGUGGGAAGAGUUUCAAUCAAAAGAGUAAUCUCAAGAAACACCAGCGCAUUCACACAGGAGGGAAGCCGUAUCACUGCUCAGAGUGUGGCAAGGGUUUCAGUCAAAAGGGUAAUCUCAAUGAACACCACCACAUUCACACAGGAGAGAAACCGUAUUCCUGUUCACACUGUGGGAAAAGUUUCAGUCAGAAGAGUAAUUUCCAAAAGCAUCAACGAAUUCAUGCAGGAGAAAAGCCGUACCGCUGCUCACAGUGUGGGAAAAGUUACAAUGAAAAGUAUCACCUGAAAGAACACCACCAAAUCCACACAGGAGAAAAACCAUAUUCCUGUUCCCAGUGUGGGAAAAGUUUCAGUCAGAAGAGUAACUUCCAAAAGCACCAGCGUAUUCACACUGGAGAGAAGCCGUACUACUGCUCGCUGUGUUGGAAGAAUUUUACUAGCCAGCGUAAUCUUCAAAUCCACCAACUCAUUCACACUGGAGAGAAGCCACAUCAGUGUUCGCUGUGUGGGAAGAGUUUUGCACAUAAGAGUACUCUCCAACAGCACGAGCGGCUUCACACUGGAGAGACGCCGUAUCACUGCUCACAGUGCGGGAAGAGUUUUCCACAUAGGAACAGCCUCCGUCACCACCAGCACAUUCACACAGGAGAGAAGCCGUAUCACUGCUCACAGUGCGGGAAGAGUUUUACGCAGAGAAUAAGUCUACGACAACACCAGUACAUUCACACUGGAGAGAAGCCGCAUCAGUGUCCACAGUGCGGGAAGAGUUUUACACAAAGCGGUACUCUCCGACAACAUCAGCUCAUUCAUACUGGAGAGAAGCUACAUCACUGCUCACAGUGUGGGAAGAGUUUUACGCAGAGGAAAAGUCUCCGACAACACCAGCACAUUCACACAGGAGAGAAGCCGUAUCACUGCUCACAGUGUGGGAAGAGUUUUAAACGAAGGGGUCAUCUCCGACAACACCAGCGCAUUCACACUGGAGAUAAACCAUAUUCCUGUUCAGAGUGUGGAAAACAUUUUACAAGCCAGAGUCAUCUCCAGCAACACCAGUGCGUUCACACAGCUAUAGAUGUGGAUAGCCAACAGUUCAAAUUCACAGAAAUAGAAGAAGACGUGCUGAAGUUUUGCUCUAAAGCUCAAGCAUCUGUGGACAUCAGUGGAGUAGGUGGUGAAGAGGUGAACAUGAGCUCAGACUCUGUACUAAUGCGAAAGUGCAAGGCAGUAAUCAAGUCCACGCAUGGUAAAGCAGUCCCUUUCUUUAUCAGGAAGAAUGUGGCAACAACAGGGUUUUACCUCCACACUUCCAUCUGCUCAAGCUCAAGAUUUGAGUGGUUUUUCUACACAUCUCCUCCUCAUACCUCCACAAGAACAUCACGAGACACAACAAGGAUGAAGUCAGAAGAGAUUAAACUUGAGAAUCUGGAAACCACAGAGAGCUCCAGUAGUCACCAGAGGUCAUCUGGUGCUUUCUGCACUAAAGCGUCUCAAGUUAAAAAAGAAAUUCACCAGUGCUCACAGUGUGGGAAGAGUUUCAGUCAGAUGAGUAAUCUCCAGACACACCAGCGCAUUCACACAGGAGAGAAGCCGUAUCGCUGCUCACAGUGUGGCAACAGCUUCAGUUACUACUGUAAUCUCCGACGUCAUCAGCGAAUUCACACUGGAGAGAGGCCGUAUCAGUGUUCAGUGUGUGAGAAGAGUUUUACUAGCCAGAGUACUCUCCAGAGACACCAGCGCAUUCACACAGGAGAGAAGCCGUACCAGUGUUCACAUUGUGCAAAGAGUUUUAUUGAGAGCGGUAGUCUCAUAAACCACCUGCGAAUUCACACGGGAGAGAAGCCGUAUCACUGCUCAGACUGCGGGAAGAGUUUUACACAAAGGAGUAAUCUCCAGCAGCACCUGCGCAUUCACACUGGAGAUAAACCGUAUUACUGCUUAGAGUGCGGGAAGAGUUUUAAUCGCCAGAACGUUCUGCAGUUACACCAGCGAAUUCACACAGGCGAGAAGCCCUAUUACUGUUCAGAGUGUGGAAAACAUUUUACUUUCCAGAGUAAUUUCCGACGACACCAGUGCAUUCACACGGCUCUGAAUGAGGACAGGCCAUAUCCACUUGGCUCUGAGCUCUCCGACUCUACUAAUCAUCUUUCCAUUCAGAUAUUUCUCCCAGGGUUUUACCUCCACACUUCCAUCUGCUCAAGCUCAAGGUGUUAUUUGAUGCAGGUGAUUAAAGGGGCGUGGUUGAUGAGAUAUGAGUGGUGUCUUCUCCUGCUGUCCUCUUUCCUACAAAUCAAGUUUAUGUUUACAAGAACAUCAAGAAAUCCAACGAUGAUGAAGUCAGAUGAGAUUGAAUACGAGCAUCUGACAUCCACGAGAAGCUCCAGUAGUCCUCAAAGGUCACCUGCUACUUUACCUGGUAACAUCGCUCGUAGACGAGUGCAGAAUGAAAGUCACCACUGCUCACUGUGUGGAAAGAGUUUCACUAAAAGGAGUAAUCUGAAACAACACCAGCUUGUUCACACAGGAGAGAAGCCGUAUCCGUGCUCACACUGUGAGAAGAGUUUCACCAAAAGGAGUAAUCUGAAACAACACCAGUUUGUUCACACAGGAGAGAAGCCGUAUCCGUGCUCACAGUGUAGCAUGAGCUUCACUCAGAAGGUUCAUCUCAUACGACACCAGCACAUUCACACAGGAGAAAAACCGUAUCAGUGUUCUCAGUGUGAGAAGAGUUUUAUCGACAGCAGUAGUCUCAUAAAACACCAUCGGAUUCACACGGGAGAGAAGGUCUGUCGCUGCUCACUGUGCGGUUAUAGCUUCAACUGCCUCAGUAACCUUAAGCGACAUCAGCGCAUUCACAAAGGAGAGAAACCGUAUCAGUGUUCGCAGUGCGGAAAGAGUUUUAUUGAUAGAGGUAAUCUGAUUAAACACCAGCGCAUUCACACAGGAGAGAAGCCGUAUCACUGCUCACACUGUGGGAAGAGUUUUACACAAAGAUUUAAUCUCCAGCAACACCAGCGCAUUCACAGAGGAGAUAAACCGUAUUACUGCUCAGAGUGUGGGAAGAGUUUUAAUCGAGAGUACACUCUUCAGUUACACCAACAGAUUCAUACCGGGGUUAAACCCUAUUACUGUACAGAGUGUGGGAGGAGUUUUAGCAGUCUGAGUAAUCUCAAACAACACCAGCGCAUCCACACAGGAGAGAGGCCAUAUCAGUGUUCCCAGUGUAAGAAGAGUUUUAGUUCGAGCGAUACGCUCAAAAACCAUCAGCGGAUUCAUACAGGAGAGAAGCCGUAUCAGUGUCCGGAGUGUGGGAAGAGGUUUACACAAAUGGGUCAUCUCCAGCAGCACCUGCAUAUUCACACAGGAGAGAAGCCGCAUCGUCAGUGCUCGGAGUGUGGCAAGAGAUUCAGUAACCACAGAGAUUUUCAGCAACACAAGCACAUUCACACAGCGGCGAAUGAAGACAUGCUGCAGUUCUCAUGAAGGAGAGUUUGAGUCUAAAGGCUUAUUUUUGUUCAAAUUUCUGAACCACUUUGUACUGUCUGUACAGUUUGGAAAAUAUCAAUGUACUAUUCCAAAGCAUUUCAAGUUCACUCAUUGAAGAACCAGAUAGUUUUUAUAAUUUUAAUCUUCAUGCAUGCUCAAGUUAAAUAUAUUUAUAAUGUAAGACAUCUUCUAGAUUUUAUUCAAUCUUAAAUUGUUGAAAUUAUAAGACUGUAUGGUUGACUAGUUGUUAAUCAAAAUCUGGAUAAUCCUGAAUGACAAUAGGUUGUAUGUUAUUAAAUUAUUAUUAUUAUUAUUAUUAUUAAAUUAACUUCAAGAUAGGACCAGAUAUAUAAACCAGUGAAUAAAAAAAAUUGCUAAUAAUAAAAAUUCAGCCUAACUAUAUGACACAAUCUAUUUUUAAAUAAUCUUUCUAUAUUAUUAAUGAUUCCACAAAAUACAUUUAUGACUGUGAAAAAGAUGAAAAUAAAAUUUUACUAAUAGGGGAAAAUUACACCUUUAUUAUGAAUCCUGAUCUACCUGAUCUUCUUAUAAUAUAAUGUAUUGAUAUCGCAGUGGUUUGAUUUGCCAACAUUCCAAAAUAAAUGUAUUAAAAUGUAA